AUGACACGAGGAUUCGCAGCCAUAGCUCCCGAAUGCGGCCUCGCAUUCGACGAAGUCAAAGAAACAACCAACAUCAACUAUGUCCUCUACGAAGCCUCAGCACAUGACAAGAAGAUCUCCGUUGCUGAGUCGGGAAACUACGAGAACUACGCUGAGUUCCUGGCGCUUUUCAAGGAUGAUACGCCCCGGUAUGCUGUUGUGGACUUUGAAUAUGAUUUUCCUGGUGGUGAUGGGCGACACAAGCUAGUUUUCAUUACAUGGGUUCCGGAGGGCGCAGGCAUACAUGACAAGAGUUAUUAUACUUCGAACAAGGACCAUCUUUAUCGGACUUUCGAGGAUAUUAGUCUCCAUGUGCAGGCGCAUGACCUUGAGGAAUUGAGCCACGCUAAGAUUCUUAGCCAGUUCAAGGCUCUUUGA